AAUGAAUACUAAACACUUAAAGAAAGGAGAUGAACUCCCGUCUUCCAGCUCAGGAAGAGUUAGAUUCUACAAUAUGAGAUACUGUCCAUUUGCCAAAAGAACUAGAAUGGUGUUAUGGCAUAAAAAAAUCCCACACGAUGUAAUUAACAUUAAUUUGAAAGAUAAACCAGACUGGUUUUUUGACAAAAAUCCUUUCGGAACAGUACCAGCUAUUGAAAGAGAUAAUGAUAUUAUAUUCGAAUCUGCGGUUUGCAAUAAUUUCUUGGAAGAAGAAUAUGAAGGGGCAUCUCUAAUUCCAAGCUGCAAGAAGCAAAGAUAUCACGAAAGAAUGCUAAUGGAUGCCUUCGGCAGUGUAAUCCCAAAAAUUCAUACUAUCGUUACUGGGCAAAAUAUUGAUGAAGCUAUAGAAAAUUUUAUGAAAAGUUUUCAACAUUUUGAAAAAGAAAUAGCAAAUAGGAAGUUCUUUGGUGGAGAUGAAAUAUCUAUGUUGGAUAUUCAUAUUUGGCCUUUUAUACAGAAGAUCUCCGUCUUUGAAGAAAUAAAAGAAAUGGAAAUUCUGAAGAAAUUACCAAACACCAGCAAAUGGAUAAGUAAUAUGUUAACUGUGGAUUGUGUACAGAAAACACAUACUGUAGGUUUGAACAAAUAUCUACAUGAUGUCAUUUUGGGAGAAAAGGUCGAUUACGAUUACAAAAUUGAAGAUGAUCCAAUCCUUGAAGCUUAG